UAAGACAGAACCAGUCCGGAGUCCGCGGACGGCCGUUUGAGUAGCUGAUACCAGGCACUGUCCCGGGUGCUGGAGACACAGCAAUGAGGAAGACAGACAAAAAUCCCCAUUUCCUGGGGGAGCCAGACAUUGAACAAAUCAGAAAUAAAUGAAACAGGCGGUUGUCCGACAAGCAGAGGCAUGAGCUGGGCCCAAGCCAGCCUCCUGGCCCGGGGCCUGUGCCGGGGCUGGGGAGGCAUCUGCGGGGCCGCCCUCACCGGAGCCCCCUUCUCUCAGGUCCCCCCGCAGGCCCCGCGGGGCCUCCACUGCAGCACAGCCGCCCACCACUCCGACUCAUCCCUGGUCCCACGCCCACCGGAGCCCCCGCGGAGGCCCGCCAAGGCCCUGGCGCUCCACGAGGAGCUAUUCAGGCAGGCGCCGGAUGGCGCGCGGGACAAGGCGAGCUUCGUGCAGGCCGUACAGAAGUUCGGGCAGCACAACGUGCACAGGCGGGGCCACGUGGACUUCAUCUACCUAGCCCUGCGCAAGAUGCGGGAGUACGGUGUCGAGCGCGACCUGGCCGUCUACAACCUGCUGCUCGACGUCUUCCCCAAGGAGGUCUUCCGGCCUCGCAGCGUCCUCCACAGCAUCUUCAUCCACUACCCUCGGCAGCAGGAGUGCGGGAUCGCCGUCCUGGAGCAGAUGGAGAACCACGGGGUGAUGCCCAACAAGGAGACGGAGUUCCUGCUGCUUCAAAUAUUUGGACGCAAAAGCUACCCCAUGCUCAAGUUCGUGCGCAUGAAACUGUGGUUCUCCCGCUUCAAGAACAUCAACCCCUUCCCCGUGCCCCGGGACCUGCCGCAGGACCCCGUGGAGCUCGCCAGGCUGGGCCUGCGGCACAUGGAGCCUGACCUCAGCGCCAGGGUCACCAUCUACCAGAUGCCUUCGUCCAAAGACUCGACAGGUGUGGCAGACCCCGCUGAGCCGCACAUCGUAGGAAUCCAGAGUCCCGAUCAGCAGGCCGCCCUGGCCCGCCACAACCCAGCCCGGCCUAUCUUCGUCGAGGGCCCCUUCUCCCUGUGGCUUCGCGACAAAUGUGUCUAUUACCACAUCCUCCGAGCUGACUUGCUGCCCCCCGAGGAGAGGGAAGUGGAGGAGACCCCGGAGGAGUGGAACCUCUAUUACCCGAUGCAGCUGGACCUGGACUAUGGGAGGAGCGGCUGGGAUGACUAUGAGUUUGACAUCGAUGAAGUGGAGGAAGGCCCAGUCUUCGCCAUAUGCAUGGCGGGUGCCCACGACCAGGCCACACUGGCCAAGUGGAUCCAGGGCCUGCAGGAGACCAACCCAGCCCUGGCCGAGAUCCCCGUGGUCUUCCGUCUGGCAGGGUCCACCGGGGAGCUCCUGGCGCCCUCCUCAGGGCUGGAGGAGCCGUCCCCGCCACCACCCGAGGGCCAGGAAGACGAAGAAGACAGUCAGCAGCAGCGACAGCAGCAGGGCCAGAGCUGAGCCUGAGCUGUCGCAGGGGCACGGGCUGCGGACUGGUGUGAAAGCAUGAGAUGACCUUUGAGUGUACAGCAAAUAAAAGUUUUCGGGCUCGGGGCUGCCUCCCCUC